AAAUAAAUGCUUCUCUUUCGUGUACUUAGAUAUUAUUUAAGAUUUUCAUAAUAAUUUUGUAAUAUUUAAACGAUAUUAUAAUGUCUAUAAAACACUAUUUUUAAAAAAAUUAACAUAAGCUUAUUAAAUUUUAUGAUGUUCUUUAAAACUUAUAUUAUGCUCGUCGUUUGCGAAGAACGCCACGCUGGUACUGGUACCAUAAAACUUCAUUCAGCACUUCGUUUUUCCGUCUCCUGCUUCUGGCUUACUUUUCACGAUUAUUACGUGCAAUCCCUGUAUCUGAUGUACACCGGAGUUUCAUCCGAAAUCAUAUGAUUUACAUAUUUUAAGAGAAUAAGUUGCAAACGUACAUUCGCGUGCACACUUGCCGCAUUUACCGUCAUACAUAAGGAAGAAUAUCCUUCAAUAUUGAGGAAAACCAAAUCUAGGAAGAGAGAAACUUUCACUUCUGUUCCCUUCCUUAAGAAAUUUUCCCCCAUUUACGGAAAUACAAAAGUUUUCUUAUGACCAAGCACGGUUUAACGUUUCGUGUACGCUCGCGUAUUGCUAUCUGCCAUCGCUUGAAUUUUUAACGAAAAUAACGCAGUGCGCGCUGCACCAUCGGUUUCGCCCGGGGUUUUCGAGAGGGAGAGGGUCGGUCACCCGGAAACUUUUUUUCAUCGACAAUAAUACAUGCAAUCUGUGCAUGUGCGAUCAAAAUAUUUAAUAAGACGUGGCUUGUGGGAGGGUACCCUCCACUCGUUUCAAGCUUUCAGUUUGUACAGAGACGCUAUAGUGUGCACAUUGGACGAUCGAUCAGAUGUUUUUCAUAACACCGUUUGAAAAUUUCUUAUCGGAGUCGAUGCAUGUUAACGGUGCAGAGUAACAGAAAGAUAAAAAUAACAGAAAUAUGAAAGUACAAAAUACUGUUAGCCAAACGAUAGAAAUUUGGCUUCGAAUUUUUGGCAUAUGGCCAAAUACGUCGUGCGUUUUAUUUCGUAGACUAUUCUGGAGCGUUGCACUCGCAAUCGAGCAAAUCUUUCAGUAUCGAUAUGUCGUAAGGAAUUUCCAUUUGUUUGAUUUUUCCGAGAUGGUGGAUGUUUUAAGUGCGACAAUGGCGUAUACGAUAUUUUUUAUUAAACUUGUAAUUUUUUGGUUUAAACAGCGAACGUUCAACAGGAUAUUAAUGAUGAUGGCGAUCGAUUGGGAAAAGUGCUCCACUACAAAAUUCAAUAUGUUUGCGACGACAUACAAUGCUAAACUGUCGCAGCGCUUUGCUAACAUGACGGUGAUUUUUUAUUCGACAGCUGUAAUUCUUUUUAGCAGUAAUAUCCUCAUAAGACUCGCAGACGACGGCAAAUCUUCCAAUGUUUCUACACGGUUGCUCAUUCUACAGAUGGAUCUGCCGUUUGAAAUUAAUCAAAGAUUCGUAUAUGAAUUAAUUAUAAUUGCUCAAUUUCUUCAUUUGAUAGUGUGUUCUGACGCAAUCGGUUUAUUAAAUGCUCUGCUCAUAAAUUUGAUAUUGCAUAUAGGUGGUCAAAUCGAUAUUCUUCGUGUGAAUUUGACGGAAAUUUUUUCAAAGAAAAAGAAGAACAGUCUAAAUAAUUUUAUAGUAGAAGAAGUAAUCAAGAAACACCAAAAAAUCAUUAUCUUUUCACAGUGCAUUGAAGAUCUGUAUUCUUAUAUUGCGUUGGUGUUAUUCAUAUCGGAUACUCUGAUUAUCUGCUGCUUGGGUUUUACAAUUGUUACGUCGGUCGGUCAACCCGAUGCUACGAAAAUGAUAAUCAAGAAUAUUUUAUUUUAUCUCGCUAUGAAUAUGGAAGCGUUCAUAUUUUGUUUCGCCGGAGAAUACUUAAGCUCUAAGAGCAAAAGCAUUGGAGAUGCUGCAUACGAUUCCCUAUGGUAUGAAUCAGAUUCCAGAGACAGUCAAGUUAUACAAUUUUUGAUUAUGAGGUCACAAAAUCAAUUGACUAUUACAAUUGGAAAGAUAAUGAAUUUGUCUUUAGAACGAUUUGGUAGUAUUGUAAAGGCUUCAGCCUCCUAUAUAUCGGUCUUACUCGCAAUGUAUUAAAGCAAAACUGCAUUCUACUUACAUCAAAUUUCUAAUGGGUGUUAACAACUGAUUAUUAUUUAGUUGCAAAAAAUUUGUACAUGAAUUAAAGGCGAUAAAAGUUGCAGCAUUACUUAUUGUUCUCUUCCAUGUGCGUCACAAACUUGCACUUGCGUGUAUGCGUUUUGUCGAAAGUAAGAAUAAAAUCGAGACUGCCCAGACGGUAGAUCGAUAACUCGAGAUACGCAAUGUUUAUUAAAUGAGGUCGAACAAUGCAACCCCGUGUUGCUUUUUUUUCUCCCUAGCAUUGUUCGCUCCACUUCACGAGUCCCGAUAAUUUUUCUUUUAUUUUCUGCAACUUCCAUUUAAACAUUAUACACUUGCUCCGGGCACGACGUUUUGCAUUUUUAAGCUUUGUAAUUCACUGCUAUUGCGUUACCUUGACAGAGAAAGAGAGAAAGAGAGAGAGAGAGAGAG